CCUUUGCUUUUCCACGGAUUUGAUCUGCAUUUUCCCCUCUGCUCCUCCCAUCUCUUCACAACACACUCUGUCGCGUUCCAUCGAAUCCGUCAUCAAAAACAUGUCCUUGCAUCAUACCUUCAUCUUCUACCUUGUUCCCCCGUCGAUUCGACUCAAUUCGGCUGGAAUCUGCGUCGCCUACUAGCAUGGUGAUCCCAUCAAUUUCCGACCCCUCCGCAACAAUGGGUUUGGUAAAUGGUUAUUCGGCCUCGUCUACUCCCAAUACUGCCAGCAUGAGGGAUGAACUAGCCAUCAGCGACAGUGGUAGUAACGCUUCCGAUACUCAUGCGAACCAUACCGAACGCGAUUCCUCAUCUCCCGAAGCAGACGCCGCCGACGACUCCUACGAUGCCGGCUCCCCAGAUGCUGAGGGGGACGAGGACGCUUUUGAGACCGAGAACGACGUGAACGAGAGUAGCCAGUCCAGCGAUGAAAACUCUUCAUCGUCGGAACACAACCAUGGCUACCAGCGUAAGUCACCGUCGGUCAAUGAAUCGGACUAUAUGCGACAGAAUCCCGAUCUUUAUGGACUUCGUCGGAGUACCAGAGCGCGCACAACGCGUCAAGUAGUCGACUCCCCUUCUGAAUCCGAGUCCGAUGCGGUAGCACCCCGCUCAAAGCGUCGACGCGCCAUUGUCUCACAACCGCCCUCCAAGCGGCCCUCCCGGUCUGCAACCCAGUCCUCAUACUCUGAAGAUUCCGAUAGUGAUGAGUACGGCGGAAGUCGGGCUCGCACAAACAGGGCUCGGCGGCGGAAACUUCUUCAGUCAUCCUCGAACAACCUUCCUUCCCAGCCCGAAGUCCGGUUCUCCACAAGAAAUGCGUCCCGGGUUUCUAAUUACAACGAGGAUGAAGAUGAUUCCAUGUUUGAAGAUGACCCAGACGAAGAGAUGAUGGACAAUUACUGGGUCAAUACCGUGGAGGAUGAUCGUCCAGCCGUCGAUGUUGUGCUCAAUCACCGCCUCAGGGAAGGCGUGGAGCCCAGUAGCCCCGACCUCAGUCGUCAUGACUUUGAAUUCUACAUUAAAUGGCAAGGGAAAUCCCAUUACCACGCGUCAUGGGAAACCACAGAAGGCCUCGCCAAUUGUCGUAGUACCCGCCGUCUCGACAACUACAUUCGCAAAGUCCUCUCUGAAGACAUCCGCCUACGAAAUGACGAAGACGUCGCUCCUGAGGAUCGAGAAAAGUGGAACCUCGACCGAGAACGGGAUGUAGAUGCUAUCGAGGACUACAAGCAAGUUGAAAGAGUGAUCGGUAUGCGCGAGGGCGACGAGGGAACGGAGUACCUCGUGAAAUGGAAACGCCUCUUCUACGACUCUUGUACAUGGGAGGACGAAGACUUAGUCAGUAACAUCGCGCAACGCGAGAUAGACCGUUUCCUAGACCGUUCAUCUCGCCCCCCGGUCUCUGACAAGUCGGAAACGAAUCCAGCUACGCGGAAGCCUUUCGAAACCAUCAAAGGUACACCGUCCUUCCUGCAGAAUGGACAGUUGAAGGAAUUCCAGGUUAAGGGUGUCAACUUCAUGGCCUUCAACUGGGUGAAGAAUCGCAAUGUUGUCCUUGCAGAUGAGAUGGGUCUGGGGAAAACUGUGCAGACAGUCUCUUUCAUCAAUUGGCUACGGCAUAUACGGCAUCAACAGGGCCCUUUCGUUGUCGUUGUCCCCCUCUCUACCAUGCCCUCAUGGGCGGAGACCUUCGACAACUGGACACCGGAUUUGAACUACGUUGUUUAUAACGGUAACGAAGCUGCGCGCACAGUCUUGCGAGAACAUGAGCUUAUGGUUGAUGGGAACCCCAAGCGACCGAAGUUCAACGUUCUGUUGACGACUUAUGAAUACGUUCUGUUAGACUCAGCCUUCCUGAGCCAGUUCAAAUGGCAAUUCAUGGCUAUUGACGAGGCUCAUCGGUUAAAAAACCGCGAGUCGCAGUUAUAUUUGAAGCUGCUGGAAUUCAGAUCUCCUGCCCGACUUCUGAUUACCGGUACCCCGAUUCAAAACAACCUGGCUGAGCUCUCUGCGCUCUUGGACUUUCUCAAUCCAGGCUUGGUUGAAAUCGAUGCUGACAUGGACCUGAACUGUGAUGGUGCCUCACACAAGCUGGCAGAACUGACCAAAGCCAUCCAGCCGUUCAUGUUGCGUCGCACGAAGUCGAAGGUUGAGUCGGACCUUCCUCCCAAGACGGAGAAGAUCAUUCGGGUGGAGCUCUCGGAUAUCCAGCUGGAAUACUACAAGAACAUCCUGACCAAGAACUACGCUGCACUCAAUGAUGGCGCCCGUGGCCAGAAACAAUCACUCCUUAACAUCAUGAUGGAAUUGAAGAAAGCGAGUAAUCAUCCUUUCAUGUUUCCGAACGCGGAAGCUAGGCUUCUGGAAGGUAGUGCUCGUCGAGAGGACGUACUGAGGGCCAUGAUCACCAGCAGUGGUAAAAUGAUGCUUUUGGAUCAGCUUCUAGCCAAGCUCAAACGCGAUGGUCACCGCGUACUGAUUUUUAGUCAGAUGGUCAAGAUGCUGGACAUCCUGGGUGACUACAUGGAGUACCGUGGAUAUACAUAUCAACGUCUCGAUGGAACUAUUCCCGCUGCUGCGCGUCGUCUAGCCAUUGAACAUUACAACGCGCCUGGGAGCAACGAUUUCGCUUUCAUUCUCUCUACUCGAGCUGGUGGUCUCGGGAUUAAUUUGAUGACUGCAGACACUGUUGUUCUUUUCGACUCUGACUGGAACCCUCAGGCCGAUUUGCAGGCGAUGGCACGAGCGCAUCGUAUCGGCCAGACGAGACCAGUGAGCGUGUAUCGCCUGGUUUCAAAGGAUACGGUGGAAGAAGAAGUCAUUGAACGAGCAAGAAACAAGCUUCUCCUUGAGUUCAUCACUAUCCAGCGUGGUGUGACCGACAAGGAGGCCUCGGAGAUUCAGAACAAGAUGGCCCGGAGUGGAAUCUCUAUUGCCGAGCCUAACUCUACGGAUGAUAUCUCACGCAUUCUCAAGCGCCGUGGCCAGAAAAUGUUUGAGCAGACCGGCAAUCAAGCGAAACUUGAGCAAUUGGAUAUUGACUCGGUUCUUGCCAAUGCUGAACUGCAUCAGACGGAACAAGCAGAGGGCAUCCAAGCUGACGGUGGUGAAGAGUUCCUCAAAGCUUUUGACUACGUUGACAUCAAGGUUGACGAUCUCAGCUGGGACGAUAUCAUACCGAAAGAUCAACUUGAGGAGAUCAAAGCAGAAGAGAAGAAGAAAGCAGAUGAGCGUUAUCUGGCUGAGGUCAUUGAACAGAACCGGCCUCGCAAGCGCAACGUUCCCGGUGAUCUCCGGGACUCACGCGAGGAGCGCAAAGCUAAGAGGCAAGCUCGAGCACAAGUCAGUAUGGACAAUGGCGAUGACUCAGACUCGAUGGCUCAAUCAGACCCGAAGCGCCCUCUGGUAGAGAAAGAGUACCGUCAUCUUCUUCGAGCGUUCCUCCGCUAUGGUGAUCUCGUUGAUCGCGAAGAGGAUAUCAUUCGCGAGGCGCGGCUGCUUGAUCGUGACCGGGAAACAGUCAAGUCUGCGCUCCGUGAGAUUACGGACAAAGCCGCGUCUUUGGUCAAGGAGGACAUGGCAAAAUUGGAGGCCCUUGAGAAUUCUGGUAGGACUCCGACGAAGAAGGAAAAGAAGGCAGUGUUGUUCGACCUGCAUGGAGUCAAGCGGCUCAACGCGUAUACCAUUGUCGAACGUCCGACCGAGAUGCGUAUUCUGAAAGAGGCAGUGGCUCAGGUAGCUGGCUUUAACAAUUUCCGUGUUCCAGACGCUACCAAGGCCCCGGACUACACGUGCUCAUGGGGCGCGCGGGAAGAUGGCAUGCUGUGUGUCGGUAUCGCACGCCAUGGCUAUGGUGCUUGGUCUCAGAUCAGGGAUGACCCAGAUCUUCAACUUGGAGAUAAGUUCUUCCUCGAAGAGCACCGUGUCGAGCGCAAGAACGAGCGCUUGAAUGCGGAGGAUAAAACCACAAAGUCUCCGGGGGCAGUCCAUCUUGUCCGACGCGCGGACUACCUGCUAUCUGUCCUUAGAGACCGAUCGACGAAUGGCGCGAGCAUGAGUGCAAGACGAGCUCUCGAGCCCCAAAGACCAGGGCGCAAAGGCUCACGUGCCCACGCCAGCAAUAGUGUCUCGGCCUCUCCUGCACCAUCAAUUUCUCGCAAGGGGCAUCGCGAGAUGGACCGAUCCAGACAUCGUUCUAAAACCCACGCUAGGGACAGCAUGGACAGGCACCACACUCCUAGCCAUGAUUCUCGUCAGCGGUCCGCUCAUGACGGUGACCGAAUUCGUCACCGGACGUCGGAUGCAUCCAGUGAGGAUAUUCGUCGCCGCAAACCCACCGAGAAUGGUCACUCUGCAGGCAAGGAAGAUAUGGAAUAUAGGUUCUUCCGGCCUAUUCGUGAAAAUUUGAAAAAGGUGUCAGCAGUCACCAAGGAGAAUUAUCCGGACAAAGCAGAGCGCGCCCUCGAGCUCAGGCGCCUUCUGGAUAAGAUUGGCGAAUUCAUCAAGCAGAAUCUACAAGGGGGUUCAAUGGCUUCUCUGGAGACUCGCCUGUGGCAAUUUGUCGCAGUUCACUACUGGCCGAACAAAGAGGCAGCAGGUGCCAAACUUCAACAGAUGUAUCAGAAGCUGAGCGCUGCGGGCAAGCCUGCGGCUCCUGCCCAGCCCAGCGCGCCGAAUGGGGAGUCAAGUAGAUCUUGAUGUUUCAUGUCGUCGAAUGAGCUGUUGGAAGAUAAAAUGAGGGGAUCAUAUAGCUGUGGAAGGAGUUUCUUUAAAUUCUUUGUUGUCAGUUUGCAGGGUACAUACAUAAGCAUUUAUUUUUUUGGGAAAGCAUGGCGACGGCGUCCGGCAUGAUCAAUCUAUGAAAGGGUGUUUGUUGUCGAA